AUGCACGGCCAGGUCAUCUUCUCCGGCAUCCAGCCCACAGGAACUCCUCAUCAGAUGGGCAACUAUCUCGGUCUGUUCCAACCCUUCCUCGAGUUGCAGAGGACCGCACCAACAACAACGCCAAUCUACCUUUCUGUCGUUGGUCUGCACGCCAUUACGCUGCCGCAGGACCCAAAGCAGCUCGUCCAGGAUCGCCGGAACAUGCUUGCCGCGCUGCUAGCCAGUGGAGUCGACCCGGAACGCACAACACUGUAUCUCCAGGAAGACGUGCCCGAGCACGCCGAGCUCGCGUGGUAUCUCAACACCAUCUCCUCCGUUGGCCGUCUGCAGCGUAUGACCACUUGGAAAUCCCGCCUUGCGACGUCCCGCAACGCCGCUUCAGAGGACGAGGUGUCCGAGUCUGACCUUCGUCUCGGCCUGCUGGCGUACCCCGUCCUCCAGGCCGCCGACAUUCUGCUGUACAAGUCGACGCUUGUGCCCGUCGGCGAGGACCAGACGCAGCACCUCGAGCUGUCCCGCGACACGGCCGAGGCCUUCAACUCGCAGUUUGGCGACAUCUUCCCUGUUCCCGACACGCGCAUUGUGCACUCGAAGCGCAUCCUGUCCCUCCGCGACCCGCUGCAGAAGAUGUCCAAGUCUGCCCCGCUGCCGGCGUCGCGUAUCAGCAUCACAGACUCGUCCAAGGACAUUGUGUCCAAGAUCAAGACGGCCGUGACCGACGGCGAGCGUACCAUGAGCUACGACCCGGCCACGCGUCCCGGUGUCGCCAACCUCCUGACGAUCUGGAGCGCCCUGGACGACGCUGGCCGUACGCCACAGGAGCUCGCAGACGAGUUGAACCAGGCCGGUGGCGGUGGAGCUCAGCUCAAGGCGGCGGUGAGCGACGUUGUGGUCGCAAAGCUCGCACCUAUCCGUGAAGAGUAUGCGCGUAUCUCGGCGGACCAAGGGUACAUCCGCGAGGUGGCUGCCAAGGGCCGCGAUCGCGCGCGCGAGGUGGCGGCCAGGACGAUGGACGAGGUCCGCAAGGCCACUGGGCUGGGAGGUAUCUAG